AUUUACCUCAAAAAAAUGUCAACAGACGAAAUUAUUUCAAUGAAGAAACGGCCAAAUACGAAAACUCAGGAUUUGGGGCCUUUAAAUAUUUCUUUAGAAAAUGUGCUUUCUUAUGAUAUUGAAAUUGAGACUGGGAGUGGAAAUAAGAGGAGGGGAAGGAAAGUUACUUUGUAUGGAGUGCCUUUGUUUUUGGUAGAAGCCUUCACCUGGCUUGAAAACAAAAAUGCGUUUACUAUGGAAGGAAUAUUUAGAAAAGAAGGAAGUGCUGUCAGGAUGAGAAAUCCUUGGCAAAUAUUUUGCGGACUUUCACGAAUUCCUGAUACUUAUACAGUCCACGAUGUCUGCACUUUAAUUAAACGAUUUUUUGGGGCUUUGAAGAGACCAAUCCUUGGAGAUCAUCAAGCUAAUAUUAUGAGUAAUGUGAGUACUUUAAACAAUGAACGUGUACAGGCUGAAUCGGUUCUAAUGUUGAUAGAUCUCCUUCCGCUUACCAACCAGGCAACCUUGUGCUAUUUGAUGAGACAACUUAAAAAGGUCUCCGAUCUUUCCUCAACAAAUCAAAUGUCCAUUGCCAACUUGGGUAUAGUCUUUGCCCCAGCAAUAUUUGUAGAUCCAAUAGAAAUGCGCCCGUCUGCCUCUAUUUGGGGUACUGGAAGUUCUUGUUGUUUAAGUAGCAGUACAAGCAGUGUGACAGCUAAUGGAGAUUCGUCUAGAUGCCGUCCAUUGGCUAACAUUGCAAAUUGUAGGAAAAAGAAGUUUACGGAUUCUCAGGAAAGCUUAAGAGAAAUUGAUUUUGUAAAGCGCAGAAAAGGAUUGCAGGCUUCUGUUGUCUCUCUACUUAUUCAAUAUGCUAAUUAUUUGUGUAUUCCUCGAAUAAUGCCACCGGUUAAUCGUGGUUUUCUUCAUCGUAAAAGUUCUGAUUGUUCUUCAUUUUUAAUUCAACAACAACAAUUAUUGCAAAAAAAUGUUCAAAAAGAGCAACAACAAAAACAAUCAACAAGUAACCAAAAUAAUAAUGAAAGACAAAGUCGAGGAUUAACUAGGGGAAAUAAUAGCAAGGAAAGUCGUAAAAUAUGGCCUAGAAGUGCUUCUGAAAAUCCAUUUCAACGUACCCGUGCUUUCUUUGGAAUUCCUUUUGGAAAGAAUGGUUCAUUUGUUCCGCGUGACAAAGCUCCAACAACUCCAAAGGUUCAUCAAAACCGUCUUCCAAUACAUUUUUGUUCUCCAGAAAUGAAUUUGCAACAAAAACAGUUCGUUUUGUACAAAAGUCCGCUAGUAACAUUAGUGGUGAAAGAAAUGGUUUCUUCUCUCUUCCAUUAUUGGAAGAUUUGCCCAACCCAAUGCCGUUACCUAUCCGGGUUGAGACAUUUUGACAAGCCAUUGAGGACAUUAGCAACUCCAAUUGAAGGAAAAAUGCCAAAAAUAUGUGGAUUGGAUGAGGCUGUGAAGGAAAUUAAAUCCGGAGAAAGUAUUUACCUCCACCAUGCUGUUUCUAUGCCCAUUGAUUUGUGCAAAGCUUUGGGUAGGCAUGUACUCAAAAAUGGAUUGACUGACAUUAAAGUUGUACAUGCAAUGACUUGUGGUGAGUUGCCUUGGCUUAAAGAAGAAUUUAAUGGAAAAAUAAGAAGUAAAACUAUCUUUAUAUGUAACAAUAUGCGUCCACUGGUAAAUAAAGGUCUAGCUGAUUAUAUUCCCCUUUUUCUCUCCGAUUCUGCUCGUCUCUUUGAUGAAAAAGCAAUACCUGUAGAUACUGCAUUGUUGAAUUUAUCACCUCCAGAUAAACACGGUUAUUGUUCUUUGGGUGUUAAUGUGGAUUUAUCCAGUCCAGCCGCCAGAAACGCCAAAAAAAUAAUAGCCACAAUAAACACUUCUCAACCAAAAACUUUUGGAGAUUCAGAAAUUCAUUUAUCACAAAUUGACUAUUUAGUUGAACAUUCUAUCAAUACAACACCAAUUUUUGAAUUACCAGCAAUUGAAUCGAAUGACCAGGAAAGAUUAAUUGGAAAAUGGAUAGCUGAAAAUUUAGUUGAUAAUGGGGCGACUUUACAAAUGGUUUUUCCUCCGUCUUGUCCGCAAGUUCAAAAUUUUGUCCGCAAAAAUUGUCCGCAAAUUUUUAAUUUUUUCAUCAUUUUUAAAGGAAUAGGUUCAAUCCCGAACAACGUUUUAGAUCAAUUAAAACAACACAAAAAUUUGGGUAUUCACACAGAAAUGAUAAGUGAUGGAAUUGUAGAUUUAUUAAAAUUGGGAGUAAUUAAUAACAGUCAAAAAACAAUGUAUCCAGGCAGAAUAGUUACUUGCUUUGCUAUGGGGUCUAAAGAAUUUUAUGAAAUUUUGGAUGGAAAUCCUUUAUUUUUAUUUGGAAGUGCUGGAUUCACCAAUUCAAUUACGACUAUUAUCCAACAAAGUAAAAUGACCGCAAUAAAUUCGGCUAUAGAAGUAGAUUUAACUGGACAAGUAUGUUCUGAUACUAUUGGAAAAAGGUUUUAUUCUGGUUUUGGUGGCCAAGUCGAUUUUAUUUUUGGAUCAUCCGUAGCUUUGGAUGGUCUUGGAAAAGCCAUAAUCGCCCUUCCUUCAAGAACAUCUAAAGGAGAACCUAAAAUUGUUCCUCAUGUAAAAGAGGGGGCUGGAGUUGUUACAACUAAAGGACACUGUAAUUAUGUAGUAACAGAAUAUGGAAUAGCUAGUUUGUGGGGAAAAACAGUCCGUCAACGUGCCUAUGAAUUAAUUCAAAUAUCACAUCCUGACGAUAGGGAAAUGCUUGAAAAAGAAGCCUUUAAACGGUUUGGGUUUAUUCCAACAAAAGAAGAUUAG